AUGGGUACUCGCCACACCUCGGUCACCCAGAAGCUCUCUAGAACGGAGAGGAAAAGGAACAAACAAGGUAAAUUGGCGAGUGUCAUGAUUAGUACUCUUGGUAGGUUAGGUAAAGUAGAGACUACUAAGAGUGUUUUUGAGGUCGCUCUUAUUGAAGGUUAUGGAAAUACUGUUUAUGCUUUCUCUGCUAUCAUUAGUGCAUAUGGUAGAAAUAGUUAUUGUAAUGAUGUUAUUAAGGUCUUUGAUUCGAUGAAAGAUUAUGGCUUGAAGCCUAAUUUGGUUUCUUAUAAUGUUGUUAUUGAUGCUCGUGAUAAAGAGGGUGUAGAGUUUUAG